UAAGAGAGAGAAGGAUAACCAAUUCUUGAAAUCCUAUAAAACUUCACUCUCUUAUCCCUCUUAACCCUUGAAACACCUACAUCUACACCUCAAAUAAGACAAGUUUGCACAUCCAAUUGUGUGUGAUUGUACUAUAGCCCCGUGUGUGUGUUCACGCAUAAAACAAGAAACACACACACACACACACACAUAUGAUAUAUGUAUGUAUCCAUCAUCAAGCAAAUCGAUUAAUGAUUUUGGAUGCAAUAGCUAGCAAUUUGAAUUGAUUCCGAUUGUUGUUGUGAGGGUUUUAUGGCCAUUGGCGCCACAGGCAUGAACAAUCAAGAAGACAGCACCGCAAGCAAGCAAGACGAGCACGAAAACGACGACGUGAUGCCUGGCUUCCGCUUCCACCCCACCGAGGAAGAGCUCGUCGAAUUCUACCUCCGGAGAAAGGUGGAGGGCAAGCGCUUCAACGUCGAGCUCAUAACCUUUCUAGACCUCUACCGCUACGACCCUUGGGAGCUCCCAGCUCUGGCGGCCAUAGGGGAGAAAGAGUGGUACUUCUACGUCCCAAGAGAUCGGAAGUACAGAAACGGCGAUCGGCCCAAUCGCGUCACCACAUCCGGGUACUGGAAGGCCACUGGCGCCGAUCGGAUGAUCCGGAGCGAGAAUCUCCGGUCCAUUGGCCUCAAGAAAACCCUCGUUUUCUACUCCGGCAAAGCCCCCAAAGGCAUCCGCACUAGCUGGAUCAUGAACGAAUUCCGCCUCCCUCAUCUCGACACUCAGCGCCUACAAAAGGAGGUUUUUCCAUUUAAACAUUCAAACAUUUUGACAGAUGUAAAAAACUCACGAGAUCUUCAUGAAUCUCAUUUAAUUUAUAUUACUAAAUUCAAAUUUUCAAUUUCAAAGGCGGAAAUUUCCCUUUGCCGUGUGUACAAAAGGGCGGGAAUCGAGGACCACCCGUCCCUGCCGCGGAUCCUCCCUACAAAGGCGGCGUCUUCGUCGAGAGGAUCGCAGCAGGCGCGGAAGCAGCAGGAGACGGCAAUUUUCCAGCAAACCGACGGAAAAUUGAGCGAAUCGAGCCCCACGAGCAGCGCGGACAUCGGAACCUCCCUCGCCCUCUCGCACCGGACCUCCUACCCGAUCCAUCCACUGGCGCCGGGAGACGAGAUGCUGCAACAGUCCAAGCAGCCGAUCUUCGCCAAUCCCAACGCCAUCGACGAUCUCCACAAACUCGUCCACAACUACUCGUCAUGUCAGCAAUCUGACCAAAGCCAGCUUCAUCUCUACAACACUCCCCCGGCUAAUGCACCAAAUCUGCUAUCGCAGUUCACGGCUUUGCAGCCGCAGACGGCGGCCUACUCGGACCGGCUGUGGGAGUGGGGUGCGAUAUCGGAGGCGUGGAAGGACUACAGCAAUCUGUUCAAGUAACUUUCAUUGUUUGAAUGUUGAUUUUAUGAUGAUUGACCUCUUCGUUGCAUAUUUUGGUGAAAGAUUUGCUAAAUGAUUUGGUUUUUCUAGUUAGGGUUUUGGACUAUUGUUUCAAUUUGGAAAUCCAAUUAUAUAUAGGUUUUUUCCACUA